AUGCCUGGGAUAGAUCCCAAGCUCAUGUCACACAAACUGUUAGUGCACUCCGGAUCCCAACCUGUUCAGCAGAGAAGACGAAAGCUCGGACCUGAAUGGGCUCAGGUGGUAGAAGAACAGAUACAAGCCCUCCUAGAAGCCGACUUCAUCAGAGAGGUCAAAUAUCCGGCUUGGUUGGCAAAUGUGGUGCUAGUCAAGAAUCAAAAUGGCAAGUGGAGGAUGAGCCACGUAUCAAAGGCUGAUGAACAAGGUGUUUGCACCUCACCUUGGAAGUCUAAUGGAAGAUGCCAGUUCGAAUGGACUCCUGAGUGUGAAGAGGCUUUCCAAGAGCUCAAAAGGUUUUUAAGCCAACCUCUAAUUCUGACCCGACCUAAAGUUGGGGAAGAACUCGUCCUGUACUUGUCCGUAGCCGACAAAGCUGUAGCAUCAACUCUAAUACGGGAAGAUGAGGUCGGGCAGCAUCCUGUGUACUUCACCAGCAAGGUUCUACAAGGUCCCGAAUUAAGGUACCAAAAAUUUGAGAAGUUUGCGUAUGCCUUAGUAGUAGCCUCUCGAAGGCUACGGCCUUACAUUCAAGCCCAUACAAUAAGAGUUCGAAUGAACCAACCCAUGAAGCAAAUUCUCCAAAAAACAGAUAUUGUGGGCACAAUGGUUCAAUGGGCUAUAGAGCUAUCCGAGUUCGACUUUAAGUAUAAAACUCAGACUGCAAUUAAAGCCCAAUGCCUUACCGACUUCGUAGCAGAGUAUGCAGGAGAUCAAGAAGAAGCCUCCACCGCAUGGGAGCUAUACUUGGAUGGCUCCUCCAAUAAGGCAGAAUAUGAAGCCUUGAUCGCUGGAUUGAAGCUAGCAGAGGAAGUCGGCACGACCAAGGUAGCUGUGUUCAGCGACUCUCAGGUGAUGACCUCUCAAAUCAAUGAGGAUUAUCAGGCCAAAGACUCUAAUAUGAAGAGGUACUUAGACAAAACCUUGGAGUAUCUCAGGCAGUUCUCGGAGACCGAGAUCAAGCAUAUAACUCGAGAUCUCAAUAGCAGAGCAGACGCCCUUUCCAAGUUAGCAAGUACCAAACCAGGAGGGAAUAAUAGAAACUUGAUUCAAGAAACUCUCCAAGAACCCUCUCUUGUAAAAACAGAGGUUAAGCAAGAUGUCCUGAAAGUAUCCGGAUUGGACUUCGGAUGGAUGAACCCACUAAUCGAAUACAUAAUAUUCGACAUCCUACCCAAAGAGGAAAAAGAGGCCAAGAAAAUUCAGAGAGAAGCACAAAACUAUACCUUGGUGAAAAAUAUCCUCUAUAAAAUAAGGAUAUCCACACCAUUGUUAAAAUGUGUCCCUACCUCAUGGACAACAGAAGUCUUAGAAGAGGUCCAUAAUGGUAUCUGUGGAAACCAUCUCGGAGCAAGGUCUUUGGCUAGGAAGGUCAUCCGAGCCGGGUUCUAUUGGCCGACCUUGCAAAAAGAUGCCUCCGAAUUCAUAAAGUAG